GCCAUACAUUUCUUGCUACAUUGACUCUUGUUCUCACUAAACCUAAUUUCUCUCCUUACAUCUUUCUUUGCUUUUUCACCCCUUUUUCUGAGCAAUGACAAACGGCAAGAAGAUCAAGAUCGGAAUCAAUGGAUUCGGUAGGAUUGGUCGUUUGGUGGCUAGAGUUGCUUUGCAGAGAGAUGAUGUUGAACUAGUUGCAGUGAACGACCCAUUUAUCUCCACUGAUUACAUGACAUACAUGUUCAAGUAUGAUUCAGUACAUGGACAAUGGAAGCACCAUGAGCUUAAGGUCAGUGAUGAGAAGACCCUUCUCUUUGGUGAGAAGGCUGUUAGAGUCUUUGGAAUAAGGAACCCUGAAGAAAUCCCAUGGGCUGAAGCUGGUGCGGACUACGUUGUUGAAUCAACCGGUGUCUUCACUGACAAGGACAAGGCUGCUGCUCACUUGAAGGGUGGUGCCAAGAAGGUUGUGAUCUCCGCUCCUAGCAAAGAUGCCCCCAUGUUUGUUGUAGGUGUCAACGAGAAUGAAUACAAGCCAGAGUUGGACAUUGUGUCCAACGCUAGUUGCACUACUAACUGCCUUGCACCUUUGGCUAAGGUCAUCAAUGAUAGGUUUGGCAUUGUGGAGGGUCUUAUGACCACUGUCCACGCCAUGACUGCCACCCAGAAAACUGUUGAUGGUCCAUCCAUGAAGGACUGGAGAGGUGGAAGAGCUGCUUCAUUCAACAUCAUCCCUAGCAGCACUGGUGCAGCCAAGGCUGUUGGAAAAGUGCUCCCAUCGCUAAACGGAAAAUUGACUGGAAUGGCCUUCAGAGUUCCAACUGCUGAUGUUUCUGUUGUCGACCUUACUGUAAGACUAGAGAAAGAAGCCUCAUAUGAUGACAUCAAGGCUGCAAUCAAGGAGGAAUCAGAGGGUAAGUUGAAGGGUAUCUUGGGAUACACUGAAGAUGAUGUGGUUUCCACAGACUUUGUUGGUGACAGCAGAUCAAGCAUUUUCGAUGCCAAGGCUGGAAUUGCUUUGAGCAAGAACUUUGUGAAAGUUGUGUCAUGGUAUGACAACGAAUGGGGUUACAGCUCCCGUGUGAUUGAUUUGAUCUGCCAUAUGGCUUCUGUUGCUUGAGGCUUUGAUGCUUGGAGUAAAGACAUCCUGUUUAGUUUUUUUUUUGCUUGAAUCAUUGGAGUAUAAGUUUUCUGGCCGGGAGUGGUCUUCUUGUUUAAGUGUAAUGGAAUAACCAGAGAGGAACCGUGUUUAUCUUUGAGGAAUCUUUGCCCUCUUCUUUUUACUGUUUGACUUGUCAUGAAUGAAUCAAGCUUUACCUGUUCCAGUAUCAGUUAACAACUAUAAAUCUAUUGCUUUCUGUUGUCCUUGGGUUUA